UUGACAUUGCUAUUUGCUAUGAAUUAAAUGAAUAUCAGCUAUUUAAAUUUUAUUACCUACUUAAUUGUUUCUAAUUUGGUCACAUAAAACAUUUGACUAACUAAAAUUGAAAUACUUAUAAUUUAUAAACGUGAAAUUUGGAACUUUUUUAAAAUUAUACUCAAGUGUAAGCACAGUGACUGUAGUACCUAGUGAAAAUAUGAAUUCGGCUUUGUUUUGAAUCUCUCCCAUCAGUCUACAAACAUGCUUACACCACGCUUCAAGCUUGAUCAGGAUGAAAACCACGUUUUUAUCACGAUUCAUGCUCCUUACACGAAUAUAGGAGAAACCGAGGUCGAUGUGGACGGGGACAGCUUCUUGUUUGUGUCUAGCCCCUAUUUCCUCAGACUUAAACUUCCUGGACGAAUCGUUGAAAAUGACCGCUCUAAGGGAUCGUACGUAUGUGAUUCCGGUGACUUUAAUCUGAGUUUUGAUAAAGAAACACCAGGAGAGGAAUUUGUAAACUUGGAUAUGAUAACAAGUCUCCUUUCCCCUCGGGAUAUACCACACGUAAAUCCAGACCUAGUGGAAAUGCUCGAGAAUGAUGGAAUAGUUAUAGAAGAUGACACUGGUGGAGAAGGUAUUUGUAAUGAGUUUUCCUAUGGAUUUGCUUGUAAACUAACAACAGAAUUUAAAAAUAUUGGCACAGAAUUUCCACAGAUAUUUGAAUUACGAGUACCUGAACAAGUUAGUCUUGAAGAGCGUCAUAGUUUACGGCAACAGUAUGAAGAUCAUAAAUUUUCCUCAGAUCACUACUUUGCUGAUCUGUUUGAUGAUGAGCUCCUAGCGCCAUACCUGUCAGUUACAUUACCAUGGGACACUCCAGAGUUUAAUAAAGACGAAGAUUUCUCAGAAGAUGAAAUAAGUAUAUUAAAAGAAUUGCCCAAUAAACAUUAUGUAUUGACUAAAACUGAACAUAAGCAAGUAUUUUUCAGUCUUAUUGAUAUUUUGUAUGGAUUUUGCUACGACAGACGAUCUACUCUAAACGAAAGUACCGUGGAGUCCAGUUGGACAAUCAACAAACUAUCUUCAACACUUAGUUGGUUCUGUGUUUUUAACGAAAUGAAAGAAGUCUUGGUUGCCUGCUAUAGAAGAGCGUUGACAUAUCCAAUGUUCAGAAACUUUGAACUCUGUAAUAAAGUGAAAAAUGAUGUUGUCUCAUUGUUGAGAAAAGGCAAGAAGUUCACAGUAAAAUGUAUGAUAAAUAUACAUCAAAUGUUUAAUGCUAGUAAUGACGCAAGAUACAUAUUAAAUCAAUUAUACAUCAAGGAUUAUUUAAUAUUCCUGCAGAUGUGUAGAGCGGAGGAAUUCACUGAGCUUGGUAAUAAUGUAGCUAAUAUUGAAAUAUGCAAAAAGGAUCUGGAUCUGGAUUUGGAAGAAUUGGAGGCUGCGGCGGUAAUGGUAAAACAAGAGGAAUCACAAGUAAUGGAAAAUGAGGUGGCUUUAAAAAUGGCAUCUAUGUCUCUUUUGCCUGGAUUAAAGAAGAAUGAACUGGUUUUUACCGAUUCCAGUGACACAUCAACUGAUUCAAGCUCUGAUUCCUCUGAAGAUUCUCCAGAUUUAGAUUCUGAUGAUGAUUCUUUCUGACAUGAUACUGUUCUGGGCGAAAUGGGCUUGUAAGUCCUGAUUGCUCAGAAGCGCUACACUGAUAUUAUGUGGAAAGUCCUCUUUCUGUAGACUGUGUUAUUAGGAAUAUAUCAUUAAUAUGCUUCUUAAAAACUUUGUAUCAUUUGUUGUUAUUAUGUGGAAAUCCACUGAUAUUAAAGAUGUUAUAAACAAUGAUCUAUCAGAUUAUAGUUGCUCAGUUGUCAACAGCACACUUAGAUACAGCCUCAAAAUAUAUGAAGAAACAUAUUGUGAUGAAGUGAUUUUGUGAAAUUGCUAAGUUUAAUUAAUAAUUUUAGUGAAAUAAUAUAGUAACAAACUACUUAAUAUUAUAUAUAAGAAAAAAAAAAUAGAUUUUCUUAAAUGAUUCUAGUAUUGAAAAUAUUCACUGUUAGAAAGCUACGAAGCUAGCUAUUUAUUCGUUCUGGAUCAUAUUUGCCUAUACAAAUAAUUUUAGGUAAGUGAUGAAACUAAUAAUUAACUACAAUUAGUUUAGAUAUAGAUCGAAUUCUAUAUAUGACAUAGUGUGAUAGCCGAUGUCAAGGCAAACUAUUAAGUGAAUACUUAGAUUAUUUUAAUAUGUUAAAUAUUGCGGAAUUAAGUUAAAAAUGUGUUGCAACAAAUUUUUCACACGAACAUCUGUGCUAACAUGUGUUUUGCCCACAAAAACAUCUCUUAGAUUAUUUUGAUCCUUUACAAUUCUCUCUUCUUUCUCGUUCUCAUUGGGUUAUAUUAUAUGACCCCGAUUGAAGAAACUAUAUCAGGUGAAGGUAAUACUAUGUUAUAUUCUUAUCGAUGUAUGUAUUUCUUCAUUCAAUACUCAAAGCAAAUUAAAUAGUCUCUGAACUAUUUGCUGCAUAUUGUGAAAUGAAGAAAUUAUUAAAGGAAAAAUAAUUGUUUAUUUAUACUAAAUCAAAAUUUCUUAGUUAAAUUCCUAAAUCUCAAAUAAGUGUAAUAUUAUCUAAACUGCAAAAUACCACAUUAAGUAAUUUGCGACAUGCUAUAUAAGAACCUCACUAUCCCAAACAAACAUAUUAAAUAGUUCUAAUCACCUUAUUCUAUCUUGUCAUUUCUUCAAGGUAUAUAUUGUAGUACUUCAUGUAAGUAGAAAAUUGUACUACAGUGUUUACAAUUGUAAUACAGUGUUGUUAUAAAAUACACACACAGACCUACACAUACUAUUAAAUUUGCAUAUUAUUAAAUUGACAAUUAUUGGGGUUGAGCAGGUCUUUCAUCUGUAGAGUAGAUCCUGUAGAUUGAACAAUAUAUACAUAAUAGGUACUUUUUCAAACUUGUAAGGAUGUAGUCAUUUGGUGAAUGAGCUAUUGUUAUUAUUAAUUUUAAGUUUUUAAAGUUAGUUUUUCCAUUUUAUUUCAUUUUUAAUGCGAACAGAAGAAUGCUAAAAAAUAUAUAACCUAUUUAUACCUAAUAGGUAUCUUGUCAUUUGUCAACUAUCGACAUUGUAUAAAUCUAGGUAUUUGAUGAUAUAAUUUUAAAUGGUAAUGAGCACGGACUAGUAAAAAAAGAAGGACUGCAGUGUGAAGUGAAGCACCGUUAUGCUACUGUGUAUUUUGUUGCGACGCAAACUGAUCUGUCACAAACGAUGGCAAAUCUUAUAAUGGCGGCCGAUCGGCUUGUAUUAGUGUAAGUGACUGCGUGGGGCAAUGUAUUUACACGUUUAUCGGCUUGUUUUGGUGCCGCACUGUUAUGAAAGCUGACACGGAGUCCUUAUUUUUUCACUCGUACGUGGCUAAUGAGCUAUUUUAUAUCAUUAAUUUUAAGUUUUUUUUUUAUGGUAACAGGUUAUUUCGCUUUCCUUGUACACUAUAUGGCUAUAGCGUAGGUACCUACCGGCAUUUAUAUACCUAGUCUAACUACCGUAAACAGUCCAAGAAAAUAAAAAAUAUAACAUCC